CUGCGCUGGGGUUUGAGGCUGAGCCGGUGACGUCAGCGUGGAAUGCGGAGUCAGGCGCCCAGACUCGCUAUAAGCAGAGGAGCUGUCCGGUGCUGAAACUGCCCGAGACCUCACCCAGCGGCGGAGGAGCAGGCUUAGAGCCAUCCAGGCCUUCUAAGACCAAGGAAAUUUUUAAGGCAUGGCAGAAGCUAAGACACACCAAUUUGGAGCAGUUCUGCUUCUUGUCCACUUAAUUUUCCUCAUCCCUGGAGCCGAAGCAGCUUCCUUCCAGCGAAACCAGCUGCUUCAGAGAGAACCAGACCUCAGAUUGGAGAAUGUCCAGAAGUUUCCUAGUCCUGAAAUGAUCAGGGCUUUGGAGUACAUCGAAAAGCUCCGACAACAAGCUCACAGAGAAGAAAGCAGCCCAGACUACAACCCCUACCAAGGCAUCUCUGUUCCCCUUCAACUCAAAGAAAACAGUGAAGAAAGUCACUUGGCUGAAAGCUCAAGAGAUGCUCUGAGUGAAGACGAAUGGAUGAGGAUAAUACUCGAGGCUUUGAGGCAGGCUGAAAAUGAACCUCAGUCUGCCCCCAAAGAAAAUAAGCCCUUUGCCUUGAAUCUGGAGAAGAACUUCCCAGUGGACACGGCUGAAGACUAUGAGACUCAACAGUGGCCAGAGAGGAAACUCAAGCACAUGCGAUUCCCUCUUAUGUAUGAAGAGAAUUCCAGAGAAAACCCCUUCAAGCGCACAAAUGAAAUAGUAGAGGAACAAUACACACCCCAGAGCCUUGCUACCCUGGAGUCUGUGUUCCAAGAGCUGGGGAAACUGACAGGGCCAAACAACCAGAAGCGAGAGAGGGUUGAUGAGGAAGAAAAGCUCUACACAGAUGAUGAGGAUGAUGUGUACAAGACCAACAACAUUGCCUAUGAAGAUGUGGUGGGGGGAGAAGACUGGAGUCCCAUAGAGGAGAAAAUAGAGACUCAAACCCAGGAAGAGGUGAGAGACAGCAAAGAGAACACAGAAAAAAGUGAACAAAUCAAUGAAGAAAUGAAACGUUCAGGGCAGUUGGGACUCCAGGAUGAAGAUAACCAGAAAGAGAGUAAAGACCAACUCUCAGAAGAUGCCUCCAAAGUCAUCACCUACUUGAGGAGGUUAGUGAAUGCUGUGGGCAGUGGGAGGUCACAGAAUGGGCAAAAUGGGGACAGGGCAGCCAGGCUUCUAGAGAAACCACUUGAUCCUCAGUCUGUUUAUCAGCUGAUUGAAAUCUCCAGAAAUUUGCAGAUACCCCCUGAAGACUUAAUUGAGAUGCUCAAAGCUGGAGAGAAGCCAAAUGGGUUGGUGGAGCCAGAGCAGGAUCUGGAGCUUCCUGUUGACCUAGAUGACAUCCCAGAGGCUGACAUAGACCGUCCCGACAUGUUUCAGAGUAAGCUGCUUUCCAAGGGUGGGUAUUCCAAGGCACCUGGUCGUGGUAUGAUAGAGGCCUUGCCUGAGGGGCUCAGUGCUGAGGACAUUUUAAAUCUUUUAGGGAUGGAAAAUACAGCAAAUCAGAAGGCCCCAUAUUUCCCCAAUCAAUAUAGCCAAGACAAGGCUCUACUGAGGCUCCCCUAUGGUCCUGGGAAAUCUAGAGCCAGCCAGAUUCCCAAAGCAGCCUGGAUGCCAGAUGUUGAAAGCAGACAAGCACUCUAUGAAAACCUGAAUGAUAAGGACCAAGAACUGGGAGAGUACUUGGCCAGGAUGCUAGUUAAAUAUCCUGAGCUCCUGAAUUCCAACCAACUGAAGAGAAUGCCCAGCCCAGGCUCCUCGGAAGAUGAUCUUCAGGAAGAAGAGCAACUCGAACAGGCCAUCAAGGAACAUCUGGGUCAAGGAAGCUCCCAGGAAACCGAGAAACUGGCCACAGUGAGCAAAAGGGUCCCUGUAGGAUCCCUGAGGAAUGAAGACACCCUGAACAGACAGUACUUGGAUGAAGAUAUGCUCAUGAAAGUGCUGGAGUAUCUCACCCAAGAAAAGGCAGCGCAGGGGAGGGAGCAUCUGGCCAAGCGGGCCAUGGAAAACAUGUAAACAGCUUCAACUAUUGCCCGAUUUUCCUUCUUUCCCCCCGAGUGAACCCCCUACAUUUCUCUUCAGUGUGUUGACCUCUAUCUUGUUAACACUGUAAUAUCUUUAAGUGAUGUUCAGGCAGAUGACUUCAGGUCAUUUUGGGGAUCUGCCUCACUUACUCUGAGCUGUUAUCGUGUGUAUGGAUAUGUGUAAAUGUUAUGAUUCCCAGAUUAAAAAUUUAUGUCCUUUAUUCAAGAAAGAUUAUCUAUGAUAGUGUUGAAUAGUAUAUCUAAUGGUCAUGAUAUUGAUGAUGCUCACAUAUGAUAGAGAGUGUCCUAUAAUUAUCUUGGAAGUUUUUCACAUUUAUUGAAUUAUUUUGUUACUGUCUGUAGUGUUUUGUGGAGUUCUGGAGAAAAACCAAUAAAGCAUUAUAAAUAUAUAGUUUUACUUAUAAGGCCUUUUCUAUUGUGUGCUUUAUGGUUGAUUAAUAAAUGUUAUUUCUGGAAA